AUGAAUGAAAUUCGGCAGCUGGGCAGCGUAGAGAAAUUACUUCUGUAUCUGAAACUGCCAGAAAAAGUUAAAAUUUUCCAAACAUUCUGUGCCACAAAUGAAUACAGUUAUGUAACGUUCUGUGAGUUCUGCAAGAGGCUGAAGGCUAUUUAUAACCCCCCAUCACGAAGAACUGGGCCCAGAGACUGCUCAGUACCGACAUACUUCGGAAUAAGGUAUCGAGAGACUAUUUUGGAUUUCGGACCGCCUGACUUAUCUAUUUUUAGACGUGGAAAGAGAUCCCAGAGUGCUGUGAAUGGCAACGAGACGGAAGAUAAAAACAUCAGCAACAACAACUACAGCAACAAUAACAAUAACAGCAACAACUACAACAACAAUAACAACGACAGCAAUAAAAAGGACAUCAAUGACACCAAUAUUCAUGAAAGCCAAACCAUUUACUGCUCUAAAAACAGUCUAAGUGAUGGCGUUAAUAGCAUUAAUAACAAUGUUAAUAAUAAUUAUUGUAGUAAUGAUAAGAAAGCUAAUGGAAAUAAGCCUCCCGGCAACAAUGAUGAUGACCAUAUGAGUGAUAAUGACUACGAUCUCGAUGAUGAAAAAGAUGACGACGACGACGAAGAUGAUGAUGACUGCAUGGAUGGUGGUGAUGAUGGUGAUGAUGAUGACGUGGAGAUGAUGAUGAAAUGGAAUCACGUGGUCAAACUUUCCAGUAAAAACGUCAUCCUAUCUUGGGCAGCCAAAAUUAUAGCUGACGAUAGUGUCAAAUUUUUAAAGUAUCGCCACCUAGCCGAGUAUUUAGUUAUGAAUAAAUUAGUAGACGAGAAUACGAAAGACUUCCUGGUGCUGCAGUCCAGCAUGAAGAAGCAAAUCAACACGCCACCUUCCACAGCGAACAGUGCUCCAGAAGCAAGCCACCUGUCAACAACCAAGAAGAAAUUACACGACACUCUGGUGCAAAAAUGCCAGCUGAUUAAGCAGAAGAACCGUGCAUCCAAUCAGGAGUCAUCAUUUCAUCAGUGUACACAACAGUGUGCGCAACAAUGUACACAUCAACGUGUGCACCAAGGCCUAAAUCAAACUCAACAAAUAAUGAUGUUUCAGCCACAACGACAACAGCAGCAACAAAAAACAACUAAUACUGCUACUAGCCACAGCAACAGCACCCACCACAACCACAGCAGUCGGCAGAAAUGUCAAGGGACCAGUUUAAAAGUACGCUCGUUUUCAUCGGCUGAUUGUAAAGUUAAAAAAUUUGACGACUCGUCAAAAUCAACUAAGGCAGCGACAACAACAGCAUCAAACCAAUUAAAACGACCUGCCUCUGCAGCUCAACAUAAGUUUCUGCUGCCGAAAAUGUUGAAAAUGGAAGAUGCAGUCGUCGGUAGCAGCAAUCCGACAGCCCCGACAAACAAUCAACCAAUGCUGCUCAUGCUAUCGACUCCAGUUAAGAACGGAACUACUGCAAACAUGACUCCCAUGUUCCUGGCCGUCGCUCCGAAUAGUGCAACUGUAUCCAACAUAUUUUUGCCACAGCAGUUACAACAUUUACAACAAGUUUUGUUACAACAACAGCAAUUGCAGACGGUACAACCACAACAUCAGCCGCUACAACAACCACAGCUGCAGCAACAGCCAAAACAUCAAAAAGUACCAACACAUCAGCAGAAAAUACAGCAGCAACAAAUACCUCAACAACCACUGUUCCAGCAAGUACAACAACAACAACAGCAACAAAUUCAGCAACCACAACAACGAAAACUUAAGCAACAACAACCAUUACUUCAGCAAUUACAACCAAUACGACAGCCACAACAACAACAACAACUAACACAGCAGCAACUAACACAGCAGCAACUAACACAGCAACAACUAACACCGCAACAACUAACACAACUACAGCAACAACUACAACAACAAAAUGCAAAUGCACAAAAACCACACACAUUUCCAAACAACUUCAGGUUGAUUUUGGCAACUAAACCUAGUGAUGAUAACAAGAUGAAGCCUAUUCAAGUGCAUACUCACAAAAUACCAUUGAAAGAAGAAUCACUCGACUCAAGUAACUUGAAACCAGCUGCUGUUGAAUUAACCACAUCAUCUGCAUCACCAUCAUCAGUUUUUGAAAAGUUAAAUAAAGGUUCCCAAUUCAUAAAGUCGGUCUUAAAUGGUGCAGCUAAGGAUCCAUUUGGGUCGAAUGCUAAACAUUCAUCCGAUCCCAAUGCUCCUAUCCAGCAAUUUGUGACACUUAAAAAGGGUAACAACAAUCCAGCAAUAUCUGUAGGCGAUCCUACUGACAUCAACAACAAAACUUCUUACGCUAACACCAGCAACUUCAUUCAGAUGAAACCUCUGAGAUCUUAUUCUAGGCAUCCUUUCUCUAAUGUCACUAUCUCGAAAUUAUUGGGCAUGAAUCAACCUUCGCAGAACUCGUCCAAUUAUAUCGCUACAGGCUCUGUGACGUCAUUGCCGUUAGCCAAUAAGAAUAUUACUAAUAAUAAUUUCAGUAAGUUGCCCAUCGGUAAUAGGAAGACAGUUAUAUCGUUGGUAAAAUUAACACCAAUAACGAUGGUAAUAACGCGAAGAGAUCAUUCGUCAAUGAGGGUCCAUCCUUUCUUGAUAUAG